AUAAUGACAUGAAAUUGACAUUUCUGCCAACUUUGACCUUAUUUUGUUGACAUUGUUGACAAUUUGAAUUUCAUGAUAUUCAAAAAAAAUACUUAGCUUGUGGACGUGCUAUGCUGGUUAGACAAUAGAAAAUGUGAUAAAUGUGAAGGAAAUUAAAUCUUGACGCGAUAUUUUUUAUGAAUAGAAUAGAAUACCAAACCAUUAUAAUCUUUAACGUUACGGAACUAAUUCUGUGUGUACGAAGUUUCUAAUAUCACGACGCGACAACAAAAAAGAAUUAACUUUUUUAUUAAUUAUAGUAACGUGAAUUAAGUACAUUAAAAUGGAUACCGAAUUUAUACACAUAUCUACUAGCUUGCGGUUACAACUGGGCUACGGUAUAGGCCAUGUAUUGAACGAUGUUUGUGCAAGUUUAUGGUUUACAUAUUUUCUUGUAUUUUUUCAUUUAGUACUUGAAUUUAGUGCUUCUCAAUCAGGUAACUUGAUGUUAAUCGGUCAAGUAAUGGAUGCUCUAUCAACGCCUUUUGUUGGCUAUCAUUCAGAUCACACAGACAAUCGUUUUAGUAUAAAGUAUGGUAAGCGGAAACUAUGGCAUUUAUUUGGUACAGCCUGUGUUCUUGCUUCAUUCCCGUUCAUAUUCACGGAAUGUAUUGGUUGUUCAUCCACACACAAAUGGGCACAAAUGUACUAUUAUGCUGCAUUUAUUGUUAUAUUCCAAAUUGGAUGGGCUGCUGUUCAGAUUUCCCACUUAAGUUUAAUACCAGAGCUGUCUGAGGAUGAUCAUACAAGGACACAUCUGACUGCAAUCAGAUAUGGAUUUACAGUGUUUUCUAAUCUAUUUGUUUAUAUUAUCACAUGGAUUAUAUUACAUUUGACUGGGGAAUGUGAUAAGCAUCAAGUGGGGCCUACUGAUGCAUGGAAGUUUAGACAUGUUGUCUAUAUAGUAUUAGGACUAGGAACAUUAACGUCAAUUAUAUUUCAUCUUUCUGUUACUGAAAAAAACAACUACCAACGUCAAGAGCUACUCCUAGCUGAAGGUGAAAGCGGGGCACACUAUGAGUUCUUACAAAAACCAGUCAUGUAUCAAGUUGCAGGAGUGUACAUGUGUACGAGGCUGGUAGUGAACAUUUCUCAGGUGCUCAUCCCACUGUACCUGCACCGGACGCUAGGGCUGGCUGCGAGAGCCCUGGCCGUGGUCCCUCUCGCCCUGUACCUUGGCAGUCUGGCAGCUGCUGGAGUACAGAGGUUGGCACCAAGAUCCUUCACUCGAAAACUUAAUUAUUUGACCGGUGCUGCAUGCGCAAUAGCUGGUUUUGUGUGGAUUUAUCUUGGAUCAGAUGAUGAUUACAAAGUUUAUUUCAUUUAUGUGGUUGCUGUGUUAAUAGGUUUUGGUGGUGCAGUGAUGUUGGUGACGAGCCUAGCUCUGACGGCUGACCUAGUCGGAGCUAGGACAGAAGCUUCCGCCUUUGUCUACGGCCUCAUGAGUUUUACUGAUAAGCUCGCGUGCGGCAUUGCAAUUGCUAUUAUACAGGCAUACGCAGACGGCGCUCCUGCGGCGUACUACGGGACCGUGCUUGUGUGGGUGUGUGGCGUCGCAGCGAUUAUAGGACUCGUGCUAACUCUGCUCUUGCCAAGAUUUAGAUUUGAUGCUCCAUCAUCCACUGUGGACUCCUCAAUAAACAACUCUGACGUGAUCUCAGAAGAACAGCAAUUACCUGCGGCGAUAGAAAGUAUAUGAAGCGAAUUUUAGUACAAUAUACAUAAAUAUGUAUGCAAUGCACACAUAAUAUAUUCCUUAAGUAUAUAAUUGACUGGGUAGUUACCAUAAGUAUCAUAUUAUCUCAAGAUGAGUACCUAAAAUACGUAUGGGUGAACAUAAUACUAUUUAUUUGGUUGCAACAAUACAAGAGGCAUUUUACUCACAUAUUUUAUUUGGUUAUUUAUUCUCAUAAUAAAUCUCUAUAGAAUGUAAUGGGGAACUCUUAGGAAUUGAUAUUUUAAAGUUAGAUUCAGUAUAAGAAGAAUAAAUGGAUCUCGUGCGAUAGCCUGAAAGUUGUAGUAAGUGAAGAUGUCUUAAAGCACAAAAUGACUAAUAACAUAGUAAGUAUAAAUAAAUAAUGAUAACAACACGUUACUAGUGUAAUAGUGUUACUACCUACUUUACAUUCCGGCAAUUGUUGUGAAUAUAUAGUUACUUAUGUAUCUAGAUAUUCUAUUGUUAUUUUUGUGUUAAGAUUUUAACUGUGUUAUGAUAGUACAGGUGCUAAUUGUGUAAAUGAUAUUUAAUUGCAAGUGAAAUGCAAUGAUACCAAUUGAUAUUAUAUUUACUAGGAAAAAAAAACAAUAUUCAGUCAGUACUGUAUAUCUAUUUAUUAUUGAGAUAUAAUUAUUAUGGAGCUACAUUUUCGUAAGUAGGUACCUAAUAUUAACUAUAAAGUGACUAUGGAGUAGUUUUUUUUUUAUUGUAAUAAUUAAAUUACCGCUGUAUUAUUUUUACCAAAUUGCACUUCAGUAAAUCAGAAGGUAUAGGUAGGUACUUUUUAUAAAUUAAAUAAAUUAUUUUUUAUCUCCAAAAGUUAAA